AAAUGUCAUUUAUGUUUUCUAGGUUUAUGCUUGGCAGAGUACAUGUCAGUCCAGUCCCAAGAUCUGUCUUCGGUAUACAGUUGCUGUUACCAGGCAUCCAGUGAAGUUUUGGCCUUUAUCAUUGGUUGGACUUCAUUAAUUUCCCAGACUGCUCUGGUGGCAGCCAUCUGCAAAGUUUCAGCCAUCUUCGUCAACCACUGGACGGAGAACGCUUUGCAGAAGUUGAUGGAGAACGUCCUCCCUUUAUAUAUCGACUCAGGUCUGUCUGUACUUUUUGCCUUAGUGUUUACACUCUUCAUUCUGACUGGGCUUAGUGAAACGUUUGUGUGGUAUCUCGUCUUCAUACCAGUCACGUUCAUCUUAAUGACAACAGCAAGCGCCUUAGCUUACACAACCAAUAGCAAAGUAUUUUCGCUGUCCGCUUAUUUCCAAUUGGAGGAGGUGCAAAAUAUUCCUGAAAUACUUAUUUCUUCUGCAUUAUGUACAUUGUUUUUCUCCGGUCCUCAGAGCAUACUAAGAAUUCCACAAGCCAGAGUUAAUCAUUACUCCUUCGCCGUCCUGGGACCUCUAAACAUCCUCGAUGUCGCUUUCACUUUUUCAUUCCUAAUCGCUGCGUCCAAGUCGGGAAAAUAUUUGGCACUGGAAGUUCCACCGACACAUCCGGUGGCUCUCGUUUCAAACAUUCUCUUUAUGAUCAGCUUGUGCGUGCUGGGAAUCGAGGCUUUCUAUCCGCUGCAUUUCCUGACUGAAGACAUGUCGACUGACGGUUUGCUAUUCCGGAAUUUCUCGAAGAAGUGGAAACCGUUCUGCUUUGCCAUUAUCUCGCCAUUAGUCCAAGCCAUCAUUGUCAUAGCAGUUGCACUCAUCACCGUGUUCCUUCCACUAAUCAACAUUAUAUGCUUAGCAGUGGUGUAUCCUCUUCUAGUCAACAGUGUGAUUCCGUUUCUUGUCCUUCUCCAGAGGUAUAAAGACAAUACUUCUUGGCAGUAUGAACCCAUGUUCCACACAUCUGCAAAGACAUUAUCACAUGAUCGCUCACGGAAGAAAAGCCAAGAAUCUCAAUAUACGAACAAUCCAGGUUAUGAUGUUACAGAUAAUUUAGAGAUGUCGACAACGUGCAUUGAUGAAAACAAUACAGAAUCGAGUUCCGACACGGAUGUCGAUUCUGUGGUCCAGCAAUACAAAGACCAAGCACGAAUUGCCAAUAUGUCAACGCUUGAUGGCCCAGAUUUGUUAAGACAUGUUCCAGAGCCUACGCCAACAAGUUCCUUCCGUGCUAAAUUUGUUAUAGCAGCUUUGUUUGUGAUCAUGCUGAUUGCAUCAGUGACGCUGAAUUUUGUGCAAACGGACGACUAUUUUAUAAUCAUCAUUGUAGUGCUAUUGUGCAUAUUACUUUCAACCGGUAUUCAAGGAAUUCUUGUUUGCUUACCGCAGAAUCAAAGGCACAGAACAACGAAAGGUUGCUGUAUUCAGUCACCAAGUAUGCCUUGGAUUCCUAGUAUCGCUUCUUUCAUUUCUAAUUGUUUACUGGUAAACUGCCUGAAGCAAGUGUGGUCUACAUAUCUUGGAUGGUUUUUAUUAGGUAUGCUAUUGUACUUUUCUUAUGGAAUACGAAGCUCUACUGCAGCUAACUCUUUCUACAAUCUCAAACCUGCCCAUAUUGCAUUACGACCACUACCUAGUUAUAGAAAUAACUGUGUGACCCAAGUCAUACCAUCUCAGCGAAAAAGAGCCAAAAACAAAAGAAAAAUUAAAACUGGAAAGCUAUGAAAUGUAAAAAAAAAAAUUACUUAUUAAAAUAACUUAUGCUUCUUGC